AUGGCGGCUGUAGGAUCACUAGAAUCGACGGCGGUAAAGACUGAGAAGCGGUCGAAGAAAGAAAAGUCGGAAAAGAAGCGAGCCCGAGAAGAAGAUGGGGUGGACGCAUCGCGAAAACACAAGAAGUCCAAGAGCGUCUCAGCCGACGCUUUUGAUGCCAAUGGCGAAGGGCAUGAAGUGAAGGAAAAGAAAAAGUCGAAAAAGGAAAAGAAAAUCAAGAGAGAAGAGACCGACGACUCAGAAGACGAAGAAUCACAACGAGCAGACAAAGAGUCUGAGAAGAAAAAGAAGAAGAAGCAAGCAAAGGUCAAAGCCGAAGCCAAGGAAGAAUCUUCCGAUGAUGAAUCGAACCAAAUCGCAUCACAGCUGGAUUCUGCUCCGUCAAAUCCUGCGGCUGACGCUGAGGCCAUGGAUGUUGAUGAACCGACUAAACCUACAUACGGCACCUCGUCAAAUGUCUACCAACCAGCAGACAUUCCUCACAACCCGCAAUUCCCCUUCUUCUCACAAACAGUUUCGCUAUACGAACCCAUCUACCCCGUGGGCUGGGAGCAACCGGUCACAAGUGCCGAGUUCCAGUACCUCCGCCAUCUUCUCAACCGAUACGUCCCGUCGCUGCGCGGCGUCUUGAUGAGCUAUACCAAUGUCACUCUCGGACCCAACCCCAAUCGCAAAGGCGCCGCCAAGGACGACGAGUCACCGACGACACUACUUUCACGCGGUGAAUAUGCUGUUGGAUACGGUUGGAUUACCGCUGAUGUGGAGCUCUUUGUUCCCAGCCGCGGUGCCUGGAUGGAGGGCAGCGUGAACUUACAAACCGAAGGCCACAUCGGCGUUGUAUGCUUUGGAAAGUUCAAUGCCUCCAUUGAGGCUCGUCGACUGCCCAGAGGCUGGAAAUGGAUCUCCAACGACGAUCCCGAAGCUGAGGGAAUAGAAGAAACAGGCUCUGUUAUUGCGCCCGAUGAGCACGGUGUCGUUCGUCAAAUCAACAGCACGGGCUUUUGGGUCGAUGAUAAUGGCGAUAAGGUCAAGGGCAAACUGCGCUUCCGCAUCCGCAACUUUGACGUUGGUGUCAGCGGCGAAACCACAUAUCUGAGCUUGGAAGGUACCAUGCUCGACAAGAAGACGGAGCGUGUUCUGGUCAAGGAAGAGGCCGAAGCCGCCAAGGCACGAAAGAGUAACAGAAGCGGCCGCGUGGUUUACAAAAAGAGAGCACCCGAAUUCAGCACAACGACGUUCAUGUCGGAAGAGGAUGCCCAGCGUCAGGGCGAAGCCCGAGCAGAGAGAGCAGCCGCCAGGGCGGCCGCUGAUGCGGCCGAGAAUGCAGAAGCAGCAGAGGCAGAGGGCACGAAGAUUGUCUUCGAAGACUGA